UUAGUAAAGUAAAAGCCCUUGACCCCUUUUCGUGAUGGAGACCAGCAGUGUAUGAUAUUUUGCUCGUUUGGCCUGAAAAUCGUUGGAUGAAGUCACAUCUGAGAUCUGCUUGGCGUGUGGACGGUCAAAAACUACUAGUGACGCAGGCAGCUGGAGAGACAAUACCAAGUUUUUCACACUGCAACGAGAUGGCAGUUGCAAAGCCCACUGAAAGCCGGUUGGCGUGCAGCACUCGGCCUCUCUCGAUUUCCCUCCAAAAACUGAACCCUGACAUGUUCCCUCAGCUUCACACACGCUGUCGGAACCUGACAAAGCUCACCAGGGGUGCCUCGAGCCUCCAAACACAAUCCGCUGCCACCGACUCUGGUUUAUCAACGCCGGCGGUUCAGAGGAAGAGGACCAGGAGCGCUCCAAAGAGACUCGUGCUGGAUUCUGCAGCCGUCAAAGCCGAAAUGUUGCAGCCCCGAGCGAGGUUGAAACAUGAGCAUUGUUCAACUCGCAGAGCUUUGGAAGUUGGAGGGAAUGAAGUUGACACGGCGAAGUCGUUGGACAAGCAGCGUAGGAAGCUUCGGCCAAGCCAUGCAAGGAAACUGGAUAAGCAGCGUAGGAACCUUCGGCCAAGCCAUGCGAGGAAACUGGACAAACCGGAAAGUGAUAGGGACGUCGCUGAACUGGACCAGCAAUGCAUAGGCCCAAACAAUACAGUGAAACCGGACGAGCAGGAUGGACCGGAAAAUGAGACUAGACCAGGCGAUGCAGUAAAACCUGAUGAGCAGGGUAAUGGGAGUGGCCGAGGUGACCGAGAGUGUUCGGAAGCUCCAACUGCUGAGCAGCCACACCCCACCGCUGAGUCUCUUCCACCGGGACAAGUUGGUGGGGAGAAGACUAGCCGCAAAACUGAGCGCAUGAGAGUUGUUGUACGUUGUCGCUCCCCUCCCAACACACGUCAGUCCACGGUCGCCGGUCGCGUUCGGAGACAAUCCAGAAAAUGUGGACCCGCCGCCGCACACAUAGCUGCCGUAAGAAGAGUGAGAAUCAAGAACAGUAGUUCUGCGGUUGUUAAAGGUAGGAAGAGGAAGAGGGUGAUGAGCGUUUCGUUUCUCAGCGGAUCGGACGUCGGGAGUGAGGCCGAGGGUGCUCGGACGAGAGAGGCGGGAGAGGGAAGACGGAAGGUGGGUAGGCCACCACUGAAAAAGAAGAGGAGACUUAGCAGCAGUGCAGAAGAGACAAGUGGGGAAGGACCAACAGAGGCCAGUGGCCACAUGGUGCAGGAGACAGUUCCAGAGAGUCUAACAGUGUCAGCUCCCUCACAUCCCAGACGUGGUGGUGCAAGAGGAGAAGAAGGGUGGACGUGUACGUCCGAUGAAGACGACCUUGCCGUCAGCAAGAGGCUGGAAGAGCUCCAGAGGGAGAGAGGAGGGGAUGUUUUCGUGAGCGAGAUCGGAGAGAGGGUCGAGGUACUCCCGCUGACGUGCUCGGCUCCGAAUCAAAUCGUGUACAUCUACCAGACGAACGUGGAGGGAGACGUCAGUACUGGAGGUGUGAUGGAGGGCAGUGGGGGAGAGGGAGGAGGAGGAGGGAGUGGGUGUAUCAACGUGGCCAAUCUGGAAAUCAAUCCCAGCUCCAUCAUAACCGACUACGAGUGUGCGACUCAGCCAGAAGUGGACAGCAAAACUGAGCUGUUUGAGAGUGAAUCAAACAGAGUUAGUGUUUGUAUUGAGAAGCACCUGCAGACAGGCGGUUGUAGGCUGCAGUUUGGAGCAGGUCGCCCCCGCCACCAGACAACCACCCAACCUAGGAGGAGUCGAGCUGCGGUGUUGCCGUCAACAAGUGACUCUUCUCCCGACGAGAAGACGAUGCAAAGGCUGCCGCGGUCCAGGAAGGUGAGAGAGACCGGCGAACAGAAACCAAAGAGACAAAGGGGUCGACCGAGGAAAUCGAGCUCGGACCGUGGUGGAGCCCGCGAGAGGCGGAGAAAGUCAGGUUCAGAGUGUAAUGCACCUCGUGGGAGAGGAGUGAAGUUGGUCUCGGAACCAAAGAGGCCUCGCGGGAGACCGAGGAAGAAGGGCGGAGGAAAACCCAGCUCUCUUCCUGUCAGGAGGGACAGCGGCAGUCCUCCGCAGGGCUCCCCACAGAAUGGAGAAGACUCUGGCUACCCUUGCUCCAUCUCCAGCUCCAGUUCUCAGGGACCAAAGAGUCUCAAGUCACCCCCAGACGUCAGCCCUUCCUUCAACUUCCCAGCCUAUUUCACCUCAACUUCCACUGUAGCUGACAAGAACGAAGCCCCUCAUCUUCCUCCUCCCUCGUCCUCUCGCCCUCCUCCGGUGUUGGAGCAGCAGUGUAGAGGCUCCAUCAACACCGCAGAGCUCGGGCUCUUCUCCCCCGAUGUCGUGGACGACGCCCACAUCGCCAAUUUCCCCAUGCCCCCCGACCCCGAGUGGGUAUGGUCUGCAAUGGGUGUCGUCAGGGUGGACCCGACGGGGGCGGAGUCUGAUGGGUUGCUAGGACACCACCACUACGGCGGCGGUGGGCUGGAUUCUGCAUCCGAGACUACGACACAGUCUCUCUUCGACCCGAGCAAGAUGGUCAUCGCGAAGGUUGAGUCACUGAGCGACGACAGUCGGUUCAACGACUACCUGAACGAGAUUCUGGGUUCGGAGGAAGUGAUGGAAUGUCUCAACAGCAUCAGCGUUGAGCCAUUCCCGGUUGUCCCUAUGGAACCUAAACAGAUUGGGCUGGCCCCUACCAAGGAGGUCUCCUCUGGAUCUCAGGUCACUGUGCUAGCAGCCAGCGGUGGUGCCGAUGACAAGGGGGUGGAGUCAGCAGUUGUUACUGUCACUACCUCUUCCACUGCUGUCAUUGAAUCCUCCCAACCAACCGCGGUGCCUCCUGUGUCUGCUGGUGUAUGUACUAGUGGCUCAAUUCAGUCUUCCUCGGAAACUGUCGCGGCAUAUGUGGCGGCUGAGACCAGCGUCAUACCGUUCUCCGUAGGCGACUGCUUCACAGCACCGGAAGUCAAUGUCGUGACCGCUGCUGCUGAGGCAGUUGCACCACUUGCCAGCUUGGCCCAGGAAAUCCUGCCGACUAGGCCUAAGCUGAUAACCAAUGUGCCCUCGACGUUGGCUUCACUCCGGUGCGGCGAUCUCGCUCCC